UCUUGAGAGGUUUUGUAUAUUAAGGGCUGCAGUCCUCUUGCCUUGAUGGGAGGAACAGUGGUCCCCGUCGCUGCUUCAGCAGGAUGACAAUUGGGAUGGAAUGAGCCAAGGACGAUGGGGUCCCGGAUCAAGCAAAAUCCACAGAGGAUAUUUGAUCUGUUCUUUGAAGCUGCUCACCCCACACCUGCAGAUGAUGAUCCUCAAGUGCUUAGACAGUUCCCGCUGGAGUUCGAUGAUCAGGAAUCAAUACAGAUGCUGCCCAGGUUUUGCUUCCCCUUUGACUUAGAAAGGGUUAAGGAGAGCCCUAUAGUCCAACACUUCACUUUCGCACUCACCGACAUGGAGGGGAAGCAGCGCUUUGGUUUCUGCCGACUGGCCAUAGGCUUCCAUAGAUGCCUAUGUAUCCUCAGUUACUUGCCCUGGUUUGAAGUUUUUUACAAGAUCCUGAACUAUGUUGCAGACAACUUAGCCAAAAAGCAAAUCACAGAGUUGGAUGAGUUCUUGUCAGCACUGUAUAUCCACCCUGUGCCCAACCUCAGUGGCUCCAUCAGCCUUGAAUUUGACCCAAGGAUGACUAAAUUGAAAAUUUCCACUGAGUUUGAUCAGAACAGACAAGACUGGAAACAGGAUCUGAAUUCAGGGGCAGUAUCGGCUUAUUUCAUAGUCCCUGACCAUGGCAAACUUCCCACUAUCCCUGAAAAUGUAAGACAAGUGGCUGUAUUACAGAGCUUUGGGACAGGGGGAUGGGCCUGUGCUAACUUUUCUUUGGCAAUUCUACAAAGCAUGGAAUGGGAAAGGACACCACCUCGAAAUGUGCAGGCCCAGAGCAGAGGCAGCAGGCAGGAAGAAGUGCUGCUGUGCUUCCUGCCGAGGAUCCAAGGAGGACUAGGGUUAAAUCUGGAGUUAGCUAUGACUUGCCUUUCUUUCCUCAACAGUGCCCCCAUGCCCUACCUCAUAGGAGUCCACACCAGCCUCAUGGAGAGAGUGAGGAGCAAGGCCCUGGAAGAUGUCGUCAUUCUCAACAUCGACAGCAACACGGUAGAAUCGCCCUUUCAAGACCUGGAAAGCCUCCCAAGUGAUAUAGUCUCUCUGCUGAAGUUCCAGCUGAAGAAGCAAUCAGCAUCUACAGGGGAUGGCGUCGCCCAAGCCUUCCUCAGGGCACAGGCAUUGCUGUUCGGCAGCUACCGCGAGGCACUUGUUUGCAACCCAGGUGAGCCCAUCUCCUUUUGCCAAGACAGCUUCCUGCAACAGGGAUCCAGUGCCAUGCAGGCCUUUCUUCAGAGAGCUGUACACCUGCAGCUUUUCAAGGAGUUCAUCGAUGACCGCCUGGAGAAGCUAAAUGCUGGAGAAAAUUUCUCUGACCUCUUUGAGGAGGAGAUCAAUAGAAGCCUGUCUCCAGGUAGCAUGCACUCCUAUCAGCAGUGGGUGGAGAAUCUAAAGAAAGGUGGAGGAGCCCUGAUAAGUACCAUGAAGAACAAGGCCAAUCCUGCUGUCAGGAAUGCUUACCAAUAUGCCAAAGGUCAUGCCAAAAUGCGGCUGAAGAAUAUGCGGAGCCGCCUGAUGGAGAAGGACACCAGCUCAGAUCAGCACCGAGAGCGGGAACAUUCCUUGAACUGUGAUCACACCUCCAGCUCCAUCCUGCCCACCAGGAGCAGACAGUCUGAAAACCUGCAAAGCCGGUUGCCUAUCACCCAACACUUUGGGAAGUCUCGCCCCAGGCGACCACAAAGGCAAAGAAGCAGGACAGAACUGGAAACUCAAGGGGGUGUCUCCAUUUCCUCCAGCUCAAUGUCACUGGAUAGCUCCAGGGAGCCUGAUGAGGGUGAAAAUCUGCAUCCAGGUUUCUUUAGCCCAGGUGACUUUGAUCUCUUAGGAGAAAUCUUUGAGACGUUAAACCUGUUGGAGCCAAGCCAAGCUGGACGGCCUCUGUAUGGCACCCGCAGCCUGGAUUUCUGCAACCUGGAGGAGGGGAACUUCUAUACCAAGCUGAAGCCCAGCCGAGAAACCCUCUAUGAAUCCCUGCCUGAGGAACAGGAUGAUAGCGACUCCUUGUCUGGGGACGUGAAGUUCCCACCCUCCCUGGAUCCAGAAAAUGUGCAGAGUGCUCUAUUGCUCUCCACCAAGGUAGCAGACGAAUGCAGUGAGAGGUGGGAACAUGGUGGGCCUGAGCCACAAGAGGCUCCUGGCACUCAGAUGGCCGGAGUUUUUCUACAGGAGGAGAAGGGGCAAGAGGAGGGGGUCACUGCCUCUAAUUAUGGGUUGGCACGGGCAGCAUGGAUUCAGCCUGCAGACUAUGAGGCUUCCCAUCCUACUGCAAACAGAACACAGAGCAGCGCUGGUCCAAAGUCUGAACAGGAUUCUGGGGCUGACCAGAGCGUUGAACCUCUGCCAGCCAUCUCCAGCCCAAAGCCACCCAGCUGCUGCAGCAGCCAGUCCUCUGCACCGCUGUCCCAAACAGAAGUCAAGGUGGACACUGACAUCAGGGCAAAGGAGGGCAUCCCAGUCCUUGGGCAGGCCACCGAAAUACAGUCCCCCGCAGCUUCCAGGUGCAGGGUAUCAGAACUAAAGAAAAGAUUCGAGACCUAGAAGAUAAUAUUGAAAGCAGUGGCCAUUCACCAGGAAGAGGAAUACUGGAGCGGCAAGCUGCCGGGGACCCCAUGGGGCUUUCUUCUGGAGCUGCGGGGCAGCUCUGGCCUUUGAAAAGCACCGAUAGAAUCUAUCCUGGUACAAACUACACUUGUGAAAAGGGCUCUGUUAAGAGACUCAGAGGGAGUUUGCUUACUUCCUGUCCUUGUUGAGCCAGUAGGGCCACCCCCGCCACUAGGAGGCAGUUCAGGUAUUCUGAUCACUUUCCCUCAGCAAAAAGCUCCCUUCCUCUGCCAAACGCAGACGACUGCUUCUCAUAUAAUUUUUCCACUCUGGGAUCCAGAGGCAUGUCUGGAAACAGUGUAAUAUAGGAAUGAGUCGCUAUCUCUGUGAGCUGGUUCACACAUAUGCAACUGUCAUUUAACAUCUACUCCUGAAAUGACGGUGUGCAUGUGUGAAUGAGCCCCCAAUGACCAUAGAUAAUACCAAGCAAUGUCACCUGAAACACAUAAUGUGGAGAUACCUGUUCAUGGAAAUGUUUUUUACAGUUAUCGAGAAGGAUUAAAUAAAUUUAUGAAAAUGGA